GGUCCCGAGCUCUGCGAUAUGUGGACUUCGAGUGACGUGUUGUGCUGCACGGCCUCUAUUCUCCACCUGGUCGCCAUCGCACUCGACAGGUACUGGGCGGUCACGCAAGUGGACUACAUCCACUCCCGGAACGGCACGCGCAUCGGCACCAUGAUCCUGCUGGUGUGGCUGACGGCGGUGGUGGUGUCCAUAGCGCCUCUCUUCGGCUGGAAGGACCCCGACUUCCUGGUGCGGGUCAACCAGCACAAGAAAUGCCUCGUGUCGCAGGACGUCGGCUACCAGAUCUUCGCCACCAUGGCCACCUUCUACGUCCCUCUGACAGCCAUCUUGAUUCUCUACUGGAAGAUCUUUCAGGCGGCACGGAAGAGGAUCCACAAGAACCGCCCGGGGGAGAAGAAGGAGGCGAAGAAGAAGGGGAAUAAUAACAGGACGAACAGGGCGAAGGGCGGCGGCGGAGGGGAGACAAAGCCCAACGGCGUGACGGAGCACCAGACCACCGCCUUCACCACCGUCAACAGCGGAUCGCCCGAUAAAAUCUCCAACAACGGGGCGGUGUCCGUGUCCUCCCACGUGAGCGAGGUGUCCAGACUGGAGAUGCUGCCCAAGGAACCCCCGAAGAAGACCAAGAAGGAGACCCUGGAAGCCAAGCGGGAGAAGAAGGCCGCCAAGACGCUGGCCAUCAUCACGGGCGCCUUCGUGGUGUGUUGGCUUCCCUUCUUCGUGACGGCGCUGCUCAUGUCCAUAUGCCCCGGCUGUUACUUCUCCGAUCUCAUGUUCUCCAUCUUCCUCUGGCUCGGCUACUUCAACUCCACCCUCAACCCCAUCAUCUACACCAUCUUCAGCCCGGAGUUCAGAGAGGCCUUCAAGAGGAUACUCUUUGGCAGGAAGGCUCAGAGGUACCGCCCGGGGAAGGUGCGCUGAGAGGAGUCCGCCCCCACCCCAGCGAGGCCGGUCCGGAACGCCGUGGUCGAUGGUGAAUGGUGCAAUGUACUCUCUGUGUAUUUGUGUAUACAAGCAUUAUCACUGUGUAUAUAUUACGCAUUUGUUUCGAGGUGUGAGCGUCCGUCACGCGAUGACCUUUGUAGAUGAAAAAAAAAAAUGUAGAACUCGUGGAAAGUCUCCUGGCAUGAACUCCAUACUGUAAAUACGAUCAUACGUUUUCCUGCGCCAGAAAACACGUCUAUCAACGGUCAAGAAGAGUUCUAAACAUAUAGAGGGUCCAGCAUAUCUAUUUCAAUUAUAUUCCUGAAAUAUCACUAAUGAAAGACCCGCAUAGACAUAUAUAUCGGUUGACUUCGCAUGAGUAAGUGUACAGGAUGCAUUUCUAAACAUGGCUUCAUCCAAGGAGAUGUGUAAAUAGGAAAAAAAAUAUAAAUUUAGUUCCAAUAUGUCGCAAGUGUAUAUUUUUAUAUCAACUGAAGUUAAGACAUAAUGUUUUGAAAAAAAUAGCAUAGUCAUAUCGGAAUAAAUGUAUAUAGCUAGACCUACAAUUUAUGGAUGUAAAGUGUACAUUCGUUCAGUGUAAUAUAAAGAAAAGAAAGACUGUUUUGAUAAAGAGGACUUAGUUUCAACAACAAGAAAUAACAAUAUCGUGUAGUGUUGAGUAUCGUCGUGCCAUAGCAUACCUCCAUGUGUCGGCUAGAUUCUCCCGUAAGGCGCUAAUCGCAACAGCUGCCUCUGUGGCUUUCCUGUCGUGUGAACGGUUAGGUCUCCGUGCGUGACGUAGUAUAGUCCGAGAGCCUCCACCUGCAGCUAUGAUCACGGAAAGGAAAUGGUGCUUUUUGGUUUGACAAUUCCUUCCUCCUCUUCCCAAGUCGAAGCUCGGUUUUGCCCCUGGUGAAAUUCCAAGUCAUGUCAGUGAAUCAGGACGUCAGAGAUUACAGAAGGAAGCUGCUCAAUCAAACCGAACUCUGCGAAACCUUUUUAUUACGAGUGGAACGAAGUGAUUUUUCUGCCGCUGCAUUCUUUCCAACAUUACGUACGUCCUAUGUGAUGUUAUAAAUAUCUGCACUAAAGUAAUUUUCAGGAAUUGAUUUUCAAGUAUUUUCUAUGAAAGUUAUUGUAAAUAUGAAAAGCCAUAUAGUUUCAUAAAACAACUAAUUAUGAGCUUAUAAUAGAAUUUACACGUGAGUGAUUGCAUGUGCAAGUGAAUGUAUGUAUGUACGUGUGUUACAAUCUAUGAAAUGGUAUGUUAUUUUCACAUGAAUUUAACUAUCAGGUGUUCGUUUCUAUGAGAAAUCCACUGCGCACGCGCGUGUGUGAGUGGAUGGUGCGGUUGCGUGUGUUUGCGGGCAUGUAAUUGUAGAUAUCCUUGGCUUAGUGGAGGACACGGGUGUAGCGAAAGAUGGUCUUAUGCAAUUUUGAUAUUGCACCUUAAUGAUCAUCGGCAUUUAGUUAAUUAUCGGGAAAGUCAUGUGCAAGUGAAUGCUUCGGGAUAACCACAAUUAAUCAUAAGUAAUAUUUAGAUAUAUUUAUUAUAUAAAGAUUGAUGAAUAUCCAUUAGGAGUGUCGUAGACUAUAUCAUUACACAUAGGCAGAAACUCGUCGGGGUAUGAACUCAUUCAAUGACAGAGGCUGCUGGACACGCCCUCUCUGUACUCGACACGCCUAUACGAAAAAGGAAAAAUCUCGGUGACUCUAAAAUCUCAAAGAAUCAUUUUCCUCAAAUGAAACGAAGGUGCCUGUCGACUACACUGAGGGACCUCCACCUCCUCUAUCAUUCACUGUAGCCCAUGAGUCCAUAUUCCCCCGUGUCGAGUUCAUUUCCCCCCGUGGUAGAGUUACUGAAUGAAGGCGUUAGAUUAGAUGUUCUGUUCCUGGGAUUAGGGUUCUCUCUGCGUGAAUUUUGCCAAAGAUUGGGUCUUGUGUUUUGUUAUUUUGGGUUGAUUUUUUUUCCAUUAUACAGACACGCGCGCGCGCGCGCAC